AUGGAAUCAACAGGGCCCACAACUAUUACUGAGCUUCUCGCUCUCCGCGCCAAAACAUCCUCCAGUACCAUUAAUUUUCUUGGCGAAUCUGGAGAUGUUACAUGCUCCUACACCUUUCAACAACUCGUUGACUCUGCCCAGCGCAUUGCGAGGGCACUACUUUCUUCAGGCCUUCGAGGCGGUGGUAAAGACAUCGUCGUUUCCAAGUUCGACGACCAACGGUUGCACAUCCUCGUGUUCUGGGGAUGCGCUUUCGCUGGCAUCCCAUACUGCCCUCUGCCUCCAUUCCACCCUGAUGAAAGUCGUCAAUCCCUCCUUCUCAAUCAUCUCCAGAAUCUCUUCGGAAGUCCCACCUUUAUCUCUGAUGCUGCCGCUCUCGAAGUUGUCCAGAGGCUGGUUCCGGAGUCUCGUACCAUUGACGUCGAGCUUAUUCUAAAUAUGACAUCCUUCGACGCGUCUCUCGACGCCCAGAUAUAUCCUACCCGCACUUCAUCAGCCAACGAGAUAGUUGCACUUAUGCUUACAUCUGGAUCCACUGGGAACUCCAAGGGUGUGAUGCUACCACAUUCUAUGGUUCUGGCUGCCAUCAGAGGGAAGGCCUUGAAACACGGUACCAAGGACAGCGACAUCUUCCUCAACUGGAUUAAUUUCGACCAUGUCGCCAAUGUCACGGAAGCCCACCUGCACGCCAUCUGGGCGGGCGCAUCUCAAUAUCAAGUCAACCCUUCCGCGAUCAUUCGCAAGCCAAGAAACCUUCUUGACUGGUGUUCCAGGUACCACGUCACUCACACUUUCAGUCCAAACUUUCUGUUAGCCCAAAUCUGCCGCGAUGCUACUCUUAGUGCUGCCUCUAUAGAGUCAGCUGGGCAGCCAGGCCCAGACCUAUCAGCGCUCAGGGUUAUGGUAACUGGAGGAGAGGCCAAUCCUGUUACCACCGCUGUCGAAUUCAGCGAUAUCAUUGAACGCUUCGGUGCCCCUCGAACAACUCUGAGGGCCGCGUUUGGGAUGACUGAAACUGGCGCCGGUAUUAUCUACAACAACCUUCCGAUUUUGAAGAACGUUGCUGACUACAAAGGCGCAACAUAUCUUUCCAUCGGAACCUCUCAUGUCGGCGGCAACGUUCGGGUUAUGGACCCGGUUACAUCGCUUCCCUGUCCUCAGGGAGUGGUUGGCCAACUUCAGAUGUCCGGGCCUGCUAUUUUCACGCAGUACUACUCCAAUCCAACGGCUACUAAUGAAUCGUUCACAUCGGAUGGAUGGUUUAUCACUGGAGAUUUGGCACUCAUCGACGAUGAUGGGAACGUUCACAUGCUCGGCCGACACAAGGAUGUUAUCAACGUCAACGGAGUUAAACACCCAUGCGUGGACAUCGAACACUACAUCGCCGACUCAAAUAUCGACAACGUGGAAAUUUCGUGUAUCUUCGCAUGCGCUCUUAGGCUACCGGGAGCGGAUACCGAGACGUAUACAAUCUUCUACCAACAUAACGGCGUUUCUAUCGAGGAAGACACUAUCACCUCGUUGACAGACGAACAACUUGAGUCUGUUCUUGAUACCAAUCAACGCAUUCGAAAUCUAUGCGCUGCAUUCUGUUCUCAAGCUCCACAUGUCAUUCUACCUCUCCCUCGAAACUUCUUCUUCAAGACUGCUUUGGGCAAGGUAUCUCGUAUCACGCUAGCCAAGGCGUACGGUGACAACAAAUUUGCCGUCAUCGAAAAGCGUAUCGGUGAAGCUUCAGCUAGACGACAGGAAGCACGUGCCGCAUCAUCUGCUCCUCAAUCUGAGUUGGAAAAGGUUGUUUGCGAAGGCGUUUCGAUUGUCUUUGAGGUCGAACUGGAAACUGUCAAUCUGUCCCAAAAUAUCUUUGAUAUGGGCGCUUCUUCCAUGCAUCUCAUACGUCUCAAGACGUUCCUACAGGACCAUUUUGGUAUCGUUAAUAUUCCUACUAUCGAACUCCUACAACGUCCUAUCGUCUCUGAGAUUUCUACCUACGUUCAGCAAUUGGUUAACCAAGGCAAUGAUCAUCAAGCCCCGUACAACCCUCUUCUUUGCCUGAACCCUCAGGGCUCAAAGCCACCCAUUUACCUUGUUCACCCUGGUGUCGGGGAAGUUCUCAUCUUCAUAAAUCUGGCUCGUAUCCUCAACGAUGAUCGACCAGUCUAUGCCUUGCGUGCAAGGGGAUUCGAAGCCGGGGAGACACCUCCGUCGUCUAUGCAAGAGAUGGUCGACAUAUACGCUGAUGCCAUCGUCAAAAACAAUCCCUCAGGCCCGUACUACCUUGCAGGAUAUAGCUUCGGUGCAGGUAUCGCGUUUGAAAUAGGCAAGCUUUUGGAGAAGAGGGGCAAGGUUGUACCAUGGCUCGGUGUGAUGAACCUACCGCCUUUUAUUCAGUUCCGAGUAAAGGAAUUGGUUUGGGUUGAAACACUCCUUAAUCUCUCAAUGUUCCUGGCCCUCAUCCGGUCAGAAGACUUCGAGCACUUCAAAACUGCUCUUCUUCUUCAGAAUCCUGGUGGUGACUCAGACUUGGAACCUGCCAACUCAAGGCAACUGAUUGAGUGGACCUUUGCGCACUGCAACCAGGAAAGGUUGGCAGAGCUCAACAUGCCCAUCGAGUACUUCCAUCGCUGGGUCAAUGUCGCAUAUGAUGUUUCCUUCACGGGACGAACGUAUGUACCUUCCGGUUGUGUCGAGAGUGCCUUGACCACCGUGUUUUGCGCCAUUCCUCUUCCCUCGAUGGGAACAAGAGAGGAAUAUAAGCGUGAUCGACUUUCCAAAUGGAAAGAUUACUCUGGCAAAAACUUCGAGAUGAUUGACGUCGAUGGCGAGCACUAUACUAUGAUUUCAGAAAUCCAUGUCGAGUCCUUCGCCGCUAAGAUGAGGGACGCUCUUCAUCGUGCCGAGCUUCUGCAACUUCCUCCUCCCGCUCCUGCACUACCUUCCCGACAGAAUUUUGACUCUGUUCCAAUCAUUGAUUUUUCCCUCUCCAGAUCAAAUCCUACGGACUACUUCAAGCAACUGAAGUUUGCCCUGGAGGAUGUAGGAUUUGGCAUUUUUGUUAACGUACCAGGAUUCGAGCAGAGCUUCCAGGACGAAGUUCUCCAGCUCGCUGCGCAAUUCUUCCAACAACCAGAAGAAUGGAAGGCCUCUCUUGCUACUGAUAAUUCUCCCUCUCUGCGCGGACAUUUCCGAUGUGAUAAGAUUGAGGGACCUCAUAAGGCUUAUGCUGAGGCCUAUCGCUUCGGCGCUGAGCGACCAGCACACGACAGUCCAGAUGUGCCUUUCUGGCUCCGCAUUCACGAGGGUCCAAAUCAAUGGCCCAAGGACGCUGAUCUUCCUGGCUUCCGUGCGAAACUUGAAGCCCUCUUCGAGCGCUAUCGUGUUCUAAAUGUGGAUCUAAACAAGCACAUUGCUGCCUUAUUGGAAGUACCCUACUCUGUCAUUGACGACUAUUUCCCUUCCCCACAUGAAUUUAAUGCCGCUCUUUGGCACUAUCUACCCCUCACGCCGGAGAUGAAAGCUUCGGAACGCGAGGGCUUUGUCAACGGAAUGCACGAGCAUCGCGAUCCUUCCACGUUCCUGACGUGCUUGAUACAAUCAAGGCCGGGUCUUCAGGUUCAAAAUCAUAGUGGUCAAUGGAUUGAUAUACCGAUGGUCGAAGGAGGCGUUGUGUGCAACGUUGGAAUGCAAUUUAUGCGCCUUACUGGUGGGAAGCUCGUUGCCACCACUCAUCGAGUAAAUACGCUCAAGAUUGAUAACGACCGCUACACUAUUCCCUACGUUCUCACAACCAAACUGGAGAAGCCUGUCGUUCCCUUGCCUCAGUUUGACAACCCAUCCUUGGUCAAGGUUCACGUUGCUCCGAACAGCAAGGUUCAAGCCCUCAUGGCCAUAGAGGAUCCUUUAAUACGUAGCGGAUAUGCCAGACUGAGCUUGUUUCCGGCUGCAGCACAGAAGAUGUAUCCUAAAGAAUGGGAGGAGGCAAAGAAGUUGGGAAUUGUUUAA